AUGACAAGGUCUAGUACAUCAGGGGAACCCUUAGGGUCUAGUACAUCAGGGGAACCUCUAGGGUCUAGUACAUCAGGGGAACCCUUAGGGUCUAGUACAUCAGGGGAACCCCUAGGGUCUGGUACAUCAGGGGAACCCCUAGGGUCUGAUACAUCAGGGGAACCCCUAGGGUCUAGUACAUCAGGGGAACCCCUAGGGUCUAAUACAUCAGGGGAAGCUCUAGGGUCUGGUACAUCAGGGGAACCCCUAGGGUCUGGUACAUCAGGGGAACCCCUAGGGUCUGGUACAUCAGGGGAACCCCUAGGGUCUGGUACAUCAGGGGAACCUCUAGGGUCUAGUACAUCAGGGGAACCUCUAGGGUCUGAUACAUCAGGGGAAUCCUUAGAGUCUGAUACAUCAGGGAAACCCCUAGGGUCUAGUACAUCAGGGGAACCUCUAGGGUCUGAUACAUCAGGGGAACCCCUAGGGUCUGGUACAUCAGGGGAACCCCUAGGGCUAGUACAUCAGGGGAACCUCUAG